CAGCGGCAGAUGGCCGCCCACCCUGAGUCUGGUUCUGGUCGAGGUUUCUGACCCUUAAAAGAAGGUUUUUUCUUGCCACUGUUGGCAAAGUGCUUGCUCUUGGUGACAGUUACAAAUGGUCAUAUAGUGUCACUUCAGGUUGGCCAAUCAAACACAGUCUUGUCUGUGAAGAGUGGAGAAAAGAUCAAGAUUCUUUUCACUCAAGUCAGCAAUUUGACCAUGAUGACAUCUCCAACGUUUGUUUUCUAUCUGACAUAUUUGUUCUUGGGGAAAAUGGCUCAGAUGACUGAUCUGUCCUCAUCGGUUCUUCAAGAGAGUGGUUUUGUAUCAGCUAAUAUUGGUGAUAGCAUAACUUUGCUAUGUUUCUAUGAAGAUGGCGUAGAAGAUGUAAUAUUUUAUUGGUAUAAGCAAACUCUGGGACAGAAACCAAGACUCAUCUCUACCAAUGACAUGUCUAAUAAAAAAGGCAUUUUUUAUGAUGAAUUCAAGAACAAUCCACGCUUCACAUUGGAUACUGAAAAAGGUAAAAAUCACUUGAAGAUCUCAGAUUUACACAUUUCAGACUCAGCUACAUACUACUGUGCAAGUAGCUUUUCAGUCAAAUUUGAAGUUGAGGGGACUAUUGUCAGUGUAAAGGGUUCAGGUUUGAACAUCCAAGCUUCGGUCCAUCAGUCAGCAUCUGAGACCAUCCAGCCAGGAGGCUCUGUGACUCUGAACUGUACAGUACACACUGGGACCUGUGAUGGAGAACACAGUGUUUACUGGUUCAGGAACUCUGAAGAAUCUCAUCCAGGACUCAUGUACACCCAUGGAGGCAGGAAUGAUCAGUGUGAGAGGAAACUCAACACACAAACACACACCUGUUUCUACAACUUGCCAUUGAAGAGUCUGAAUCUUUCUCAUGCUGGGACCUACUACUGUGCUGUUGCCUCAUGUGGACACAUACUGUUUGGAAAUGGGACCAAGCUGGACUUUGAACAUGAGAAAGACUCUCUUGUCUUGGUGUAUUUCUUGAUUGGCGCUUUGACAUUCACUACCAUCCUGAGUGUUUUACUGGCUUUCUCACUGUACAUUAUGAGUAAGAGAAACAACGGCCAAUGUAGAGAGUCUUUCGUGAGAUUUUCUGCUUCCUCCACAACAAAUGCAGAGGAUUACAAUAAUGAGGAUAAUCUCCAUUACGCUGCUCUAAGGGUAAACAAGGCCAGCAGAUCAAGAAAACAGAGGGACGACACAGAAGAUGAAUGUGUGUACUCCCGUGUAAAGCAAUAAAGCUGGACAUAUUCCAUCUUUGUCUCUGUGUAACAGGACAUGAGCCCAUUACUGUCUUUUAAAGUGUAAUUUGUAAUUUGUCUUUUUCAAAAGCAGGAACCGUUUUUUCAACAUUAUUCUCAAAUUCAAUGAUGCUAUUUUCUAGGGUGGUGAGGACAACAUAAACUGACAAGCCAGGAUGGUUUAUUCGUGAAUAUUAAGAUAAUGUUCUGCUUGUUUGUCUGUUAAGCACAUUGUAAACUUGUUUUUGAAAAGUGCUAUAUCACUGAUGGUUAUUAUAUAUACACGUUUAUAGAUUAGCCUGCAAAAAAUCUGAGGUGGGAUCACAACAUUUUUAAAGAAAUGAGCCAGUGUAUUACUCAUUACAUUAAGGGAUUAAAGAAGAGGUUAGUGAAAAGUACUUAACAGUUUGAGUUCUCUUAAUCACUGAGCCAUCGAACCGUAUAACUACUGAACAUACAACUGGGCGUAACAGAGCAUAGCAGAGUACACGGGACUGUAUUGCUUUUCUGAAUGUAUCUGUAUUUAUUUGGUUCAUUGAGUUUAAUUGAUGUGAUGUGCUUCCCCCUGUUUGAAUUUGGUAGCCACAUGCUAAGCUGAUGUCAGUGACUUCACACAGACACAGGGUCUUGCAUGCAACUAUCCUGUUUACUAACCUGGCACCGUUUAUCCUACACAGUUCACACAUACACUUCAAUUUGGCCCUUUAACAGAGCCACACUCUUUUCAAACAUGGCCUAGCCGCCAUUUUGAAUUUCCUUUCUUUGUCUAACCAUGCAUUCACUGCUCAGCUGCCAUUUUGAAUUAGAUUUCUUUUGUUUGAUGCCAUUUUGGACCCAAACAGCCAUUUUGGAUCACACACACAGACACACACACCGUUUUGUUCUUUAGCUUAGUGCAUUGUUAGACUUCAUUAUGUGUUUUUGCUUUUAUUAUCUUUUAAUAAAUGCUUGUGUA